AUGCGUGCAUUCCUUAAGUCCAUAGAUGAGAAUGUUUGGAUUAGUGUUCAAAAUGGAUGGAAACCUCCCUCUACUAUCGUAUCUGGAAACAUUCACCUUACUGACAUAUCUGUGUGGACUAAAGAUGAAUUAGCUGCUUGUAAUUGGAAUAGUAAGGGAAUUCAUGCAUUAUUCAUGGCUCUAUCUCCAGAAGAGUUUAGGAGAGUCUCUAUGUGCGAAACUGCUAAAGAGAACUCAAAAUUGCAAAUGCUAGCCUCUAGGUUUGAAGAAGUAAGGAUGAAAGAUGAUGAGACCUUUGAUGAGUUUUAUGCUAAACUAAAUGAUAUAGUUAACUCUAGUUUCAACCUAGGUGAGAGAAUUCCCGAGACUAAAAUUGUAAGAAAAGUACUUAGAUCCCUACCUGAGAGAUUUAGGCCUAAAGUCACUGCCAUUGAGGAAAGUAAGGACCUAGAUGAAGUUAAGAUCGAAGAAUUGGUAGGAUCAUUGCAAACCUAUGAACUCACUCUCUCACAACAUAAGAGAGGAAAGUCUAUAGCCCUAAAAUCCAUUAAAGAAGAUGAAUCGUCUGAUACGGAGUCACUUAGGGAUGAGGAUAUUGCAUACUUUGUUAAGAAAUUUCAAAAAGUCCACAAUAAUAGGAGAAAGCCUCAGGAUAGAAAGAGUGGAGCCCCUAGCAGAUUCACAAAAGAUAAAAUUGAGAAAGUUAACAAUAAAGGGUCAAGUGAGAAGCCACGUUUGGUUAGAUGUCAUGAGUGUCAAGGAAUAGGUCACUAUAGGAAUGAAUGUCCUAGCUAUAAGAAAAAUCAAAGAAAAGGGAAAGGUAAGGCCUUAGUUGUCUCUCUUACUGAUAAUGAAUCUGAGACUAGUGAUAGGCAGGAAUCCUCUAGUAAUGACGAUGAAGGAAAUUAUAUGGCAUUUGUGGCUAUUGUGAAGAGUGAAUCUGAUAAGGAAAGUGACAAGUUGUUUAAGGAGAGUCUUAAAAUAAAGAAGGUCAAUGAAGCCCUGCUUAAAAAGGUUGACGAACUUGAAAGGGAAAAAGAGAAACUGGGUAGUAAGCUUCAGGAGUCACUUAAGAGUGGUAGUGAGUUAAAAUGUGUCAAUGAGAAAUUGGAAGAUAAGGUUAAGAGUUUGACUAGUGAAUUGGAGAAAUCUAAUGCUCAUCUUCAGACAUUCAUAAAUGGAACUAAGAAAUUAGAUAACCUGUUGGGAAUGAAUAAGCCAGUAGGAGAGAAGAGAGGUCUAGGAUAUGUUGAGGGUAAUACAACUAUCGCUGGACCAUCUAAGACUGUCUUCGUGGCUGCCUCUAAGUCUAAUGCUAUUAGGAGUCCAAGUAAUGGUAGGAGUGUUCCUCGAGAACAGAGUCAGCAAUCACGUAGGAACAUCAGGACUAGGUACCCAGACACAUGUACCUUUGAGCCUAGGUUCAUUCCCACCUACCACCACUGUGGUGCUCUAGGACACACUAGGCCUAGAUGUUACAAGUUAGGCAAUGAGCGUAGAAGUCAAAACAUUCCUAGUCAGGUUAGCUUUCUGUCUAAUCAGGUGAGUCACUUGACUGAGAUGCUUACUAGGCUAACUAAGAGUACGUUUUCAUCUAAAAAGGUUUGGGUCAAAAAGAGUGAUCUAGGUAGACCUUCAGGUCGAGAAAACUCUUUUGUUGCUCAUGUUGCUUUAAAGGCUCAAAAUUCUAAUAUGUGGUACCUGGAUAGUGCAUGCUCUAGACAUAUGUGUGGUAAUAAAUCUCUGUUUACUACUCUUGAUGAAUGUAAUGGUGGUAUGGUUACCUUUGGAAAUGGGGGCUCUGCACCUAUUCUUGGCAAAGGUACCGUACAAAUGCAUGAUUUGCCUGUGAUCUCUAAUGUGUUGUAUGUGGACGGUUUAAAGUCAAAUUUGUUAAGCAUUAGUCAGAUCUGUGAUGAUGACUUUGAGGUUAGUUUUGUGCAGAAGAGAUGUACCGUAUAUGAUUCAUCCGGUGGGGUAGUCCAUGAAGGGGUUAGGACAUCUGACAAUUGUUAUGGGGUAUUACCUAAUUCUAACUAUGUGUGUAGGAGUGUUAAAAUCGAUGUGAGUGAGCUCUGGCAUAAAAGAUUAGGUCAUUUGAACUAUAAGAGUCUAGAACAAUUGGCUAAGAAAGAAUUGGUAGAUGGGUUGCCUAAGAUAGGUCCUAGUGAAAAUGUUGUGUGUGGACCAUGUCAACUAGGUAAACAACUCAAGGGUAGCCAUAAGAAGACUACUAAAAUUCUGACCAAAAUACCCCUGGAAUUGAUACACAUGGAUUUGAUGGGACCCUCUAGGACUGAGAGUCUAGGUGGUAAGCGAUACAUCCUUGUUGUUGUAGACAACUUCUCGAGGUUUACUUGGAUAGAAUUGCUUAGGGAAAAAUCUGAUGCUUGUAACCUCAUAAAGUCUCUGUGUAAAUGGCUUAGCAAUGAACUGAAUCUCAAAGUGUCUAGGAUGCGUAGUGACCAUGGAAAAGAAUUUGAGAAUUUCAAUCUUGAGAGUUUUUGUAUGGAUGAAGGGAUAAUGCAGGAGUUCUCUUCCCCUAUUACUCCUCAACAAAAUGGGGAAGAAGUAUAUGUGGAACAACCUAAGGGAUUUGUUGAUCCAAAAUUUCCCCACUAUGUCUACAAACUUCACAAAGCACUCUAUGGUUUGAAGCAAGCUCCUAGAGCUUGGUAUGAGAGACUUACAUCAUAUCUAGAAGAACAUGGGUUCUCUCGAGGUGGUGUAGAUAGGACCUUAUUCAUUAGACAUAUAGAAGAAAAUUUUACCAUUGCUCAGAUUUAUGUCGAUGAUAUCAUUUUUGGGUCUCCUCUUGAGUCUUUAGCAUUUGAGUUUGCUGAGUGUCUGCAGAGAGAGUUUGAGAUGAGUAUGGUUGGGGAGUUAAGUUAUUUCCUUGGACUUCAGGAGGGUGUGCUCGUUUUCAUAGCCUGGCUAAGUAAGAAACAAAACUCAAUAUCUUUAUCCACGGCAGAGGCCGAAUACAUAGCUGCAGGGAGUUGCUGUACUCAGCUUCUCUGGAUGAAACAAAUGCUUAGUGACUAUGGGAUUAGUUAA